AUGUUCGUUAGAGCCCACGUUCCAAAAAGCAGAACUUCAUUAACUCCGCAAAAUUUCAAACCAAUUUGUAUAGAAUAACGUGGGGAUUGUACCCCAACCAGAAGCAAUAACAUUAGUUACUAUGAACACAGCAUUCUCAUUUAAGAACCAUCUCAAUAAUCCUUGCAAAAUUAUACUGGAAGAGUUGAGGAGAAAUUACAAAGGAGAGUGAUAAAUUCUAGUGCUUCUAAUUUGAGAUGUAGAUACAUUUCAGACAAGGAAAAUUUGGUUAGGGUUCCUGGACAAUCCUUUGGAGGGAAUCAACCUUCAAGCAAGGAUUUAAUGCAGGUUAUGAACAACUUGAAAAAAUAGAAGGAAGACAUUAAUUACACGCUUUCUGAGACGCUCUAAAAAAAUAAUCUAAUUCAAGAAUAAAUGGAUAUUGUUAAUAAGGAAAUGGAACAACAAUCUCUGAAUUAUUAAUAAAGUUUAGAUGAAUUUAUGAACGAAUUCAAUGAACUCACUUACAAAAUAUCGUAGUUGGAGGAACAGAAUAAUAAAUUGUUUGAAUAAAAUGAGCACCAGAAAUGGUACUUGUAAUAGAUUCAAUGUUAAUCUUCAAGAUUCCAUUAAACUCACAACUUUGGAGCUGGUUGA